AUGACGCCAGCCCACCUCACCUCACGUUGUGUCGGCUGGGGCGGCUGGGUGAUUCAAGAGCCUCCCGAUCCCGGGAUAAGGGGGCUGCCGCCGCGCGUGGCCUGGGACGAGCCGCAGCGCUGCCGCCUGCUCGCGGGCACCGUGCCCGCCCAGGUGCCCUUGUGCCGCAGGAACCUGGAGCUCAUGCCCAGCGUCGCGCGCGCCGCCGCCGCCACCAAGAGCGCCUGCCAGGGCGCCUUCGCCGCGGCGCGCUGGAACUGCUCCUCCAUCGAGCGCGCGCCCGCCUUCGCGCCCGACCUGCGGCGAGGAACCAGGGAAUCUGCCUUCGUGCACGCGCUGGCCGCGGCCGCCGUGGCGCACGGGAUCGCACGGGCCUGUGCCUCCGGGGAGCUGCCGCUGUGCUCCUGCGCGUCCAGCCCUGCCGAGGAGCCGGCGCCCGGCUCCCGCUGGGGCGGCUGCGCCGACAACGUGCGCUACGGCCUCCAGCUGGGCGCCGCUUUUGCCGACAGCACCCUCGUGUCCGGCAAGGCGGGGAGGCAGGCGAGCCAGGCCGUGCGGCUGCACAACAGCGCAGUGGGACGGCAGGUGCUGAGCGACUCCUUGGAAACCAAGUGCAAAUGCCACGGUGUUUCGGGCUCCUGCUCCGUCAAGACCUGCUGGAAAGGCCUGCGCAGCCUGGCUGACAUUGCCUCCGACCUCAAAGCCAAGUACCUGGCAGCCAUCAAGGUGACCCACCGGCUCCUGGGGCCCAGGAAGCAGCUCGUACCCAAGGACACGGCCACGAGGCUGGUGCAGGAGACUGACCUGGUCUAUCUGGCCAACUCCCCAGACUACUGCACCGUGAAUCCCCAGCUGGGCUCCCUGGGGACACACGAUAGGCAGUGCAACAAGACGUCGGCGGGCAGCGACGGCUGCGACGUGCUCUGCUGCGGCCGGGGCUACAACACCUACACGGAGGAGGUGCUGGAGCGCUGUCACUGCAAGUACCGCUGGUGCUGCUACGUGGCGUGCAGGACGUGCCGGCGCACGGUGCAGAGACACGUGUGUAAAUAG